AUGGAGUUCCAUGGAGAGAGAAACAACCAAUGGACUUUCAUGGACGAUGAGAGAAAGAGCAUCAACUUGCCUCGGAGACUCUCUUUUGGUAACCACCAUCACCACCACCACCACCACCACCACCAAAACUCGCCCGAGCGCGGCGGCAUUCACUUUGCUCCCGCAAGGCCCUCUGCUGCUACGGCUACGUCUGUUCCGACUCAGCACCUGCCUCAGCGGCCAACGAGCCCCGAGCGGACAGCUGAGACUCCAUGGACGCUCUCUCCUGUUCGGACCUCUCCAACUCAGCCACUUCUUUAUCAUUGCAUAGCGUCUCUUCAUCGCCAUGAAGGUAACAUUUUCUCUAUUGCUCUCUGUAAAGAUUUCAUAUUCACUGGCUCCGAGAGUAGUCGUAUUCAUGCAUGGAAACAGCCAGAUUGCACCGAAAUGGGAUAUAUAAAGGCCAAUUCUGGUCAUGUUCGUGCCAUUUUAGCCUACGGAAAAUUGCUCUUCACAACUCAUGGUGACUUCAAGAUUCGAGUUUGGGACGUUUCUGAAAGGGAGAGUUUUAGGCCUAAAAAGAUCACGACUUUACCUCAGAGGAGCCCUUUAAUGCUGUUCUCCAAAAAGAAUGUUCUACAACACAGGGAGUACAUAUCUUGCAUAGCUUAUAACCACGAUGACAAGCUUUUAUAUACAGGGUCUUGGGACAAAACGGUCAAAGCUUGGAAGAUCAAUGAAAAGCGUUGUGUUGACUCGUUUGUGGCACAUGAAGGUCAUAUAAAUGCAAUCGUUAUAAACCAUGAAGAUGGGUGUGUUUUCACUUGCUCAUCUGACGGCUCGGUGAAAAUCUGGAGAAGGGUUUUUGGAGAAAGUUCUCAUAUUUUGACAAUGACACUUAAGUUCCAACUUUCUCCUGUUAACGCCUUGGCUUUGAGCUUGUCACCAGGGACUUGUCUUCUAUACUCUGGUUCCUCAGAUGGGAUCAUAAACUUUUGGGAAAAAGAGAAGACCUCAGGGAGAUACAACCAUGGAGGCUUUAUGCAAGGUCAUCAUUUUGCUGUUCUCUGUCUGCUUGCCAUAGGAGAGUUGGUCUUUAGUGGCUCUGAGGAUGCGACUAUUCGAGUUUGGAGAAGAGAAGGGAAUUGCUUCCAUUCUUGUCUUGCAGUCAUUGAAGGUCACCAUGGACCAGUGAGAUGUUUGGCAGUUUCUCUAGAAACAGAGAGCGGAGUAAAGGGAUUGUUGGUUUAUAGUGCAAGUUUGGACCAGACUUUCAAGGUAUGGAGAGUUAAAGUUUUCCCUUCUGAAAAGGCAAGCUUAGAAGAGCCAACAAUUGAUCCACAACGAGAAAUUGUUGACGAUAUAAGUCCGGUUUUGAGUCCAGUAUUGUCACCAUCUUGGGUGGAGAAAAAGCUUCAAGGCAACCAUUUUUAG